AUUCAGCUCCACAGCGGCAGUAGUGUUCAUGUAGCAGAGAAGAGAAUGAAACCAAGUAACUUUUUUGUUUUUCAAGUAUAAUGAACCUAAGAAAACAUGGUUAUGAAAAUAGAACUUCGUGAUGCUGAAAGUAUGGUUAUCUUGUUUCUUUUAACGAGUAACUGAGAAAACCUCUGUAGCAUUUGAUUGCAAACUUCGUGAAGGGGCCCUGAUUGCUUGCAUAUUUGAGGACACUCGCGACAUCAGUGACUAGUAGCAGCUGCGCCUCAGGCCUAUUUGUGCUGGGAGAGGAACCCAACGCGCCAGUAACAUGAGACUGUUCGGUAAAAUGGCGACGGUCGUGGCAGGGGUGACAGCGGUGGUGAUGCUGUUGGAAGUGCACGAGAUUAAUGCUGCACGGAUCCUGAUGGCAGUGCCCAUUGGUACCAGGAGCCACGAGAACUUCUUCAUGCCUCUAGCGGAGCAUCUUGCUCAGCGGAACCACACGGUGACCUACUUGUCAGGGUUCGAAUCAACCAAAGGGAGACCAAACAUUCGAGUGGUGUUCGUGCCCGACGUCCACUUCUUCAAAAACUUGCCAAAUCUUUUCACUACGAAUGUGAACACCGCCUUCGCUGGAGUCUACGACGACAUGCUGCAGGUUUGCGUGAAGGCCUUAAGCUACGAGGGAGUGCAGCGCCUUAAUGAUGAGAAGUUCGACUUGGUCAUCCUGCAUGCUGGACUCACCGAAUGCUUCCUUUCGUUUGCUCACAAACUCAAGGUUCCCUUCAUCUUUGUAAACCCAAAUAAAAUUGCACCAGCGUUUGCUCCGCUGUCAGGAAGUCCCGAUUUUCCAUCACUGAGCGCCAACUAUUUCCUCGACCUGGAGAUCCCGCUCACCUUCAAGGGACGCACGAUCAACACCCUCUACAAUCUGCUUGGGACUCUGUCCACCGAAUGGAUGAUACUUCCAAGUCAAGAGAGGCAGUGUCGUGAGCGUCAACUAUGUCCAGAUGACAUGCCAAGCCUGCACGACCUGCGACGCAAAAGCAGCCUCUUCAUUACUAAUGUUGUGAGGACACUGGAAAACCCAAGCUUGCCCUACACGCCGACUGUGGUUCACGCCGGUGGAAUACACUGCAGACCCGCCAAGCCCCUCCCCGAGGACCUGCAGCAGUGGGUCGCAGCUGCUGGGAAGCCAGGCUUUAUAUACUUCAGUCUGGGAAGUUUCGUCCAGUCCUCCGAAAUGCCUGAGAAAUACCGGAAGGUGUUGGUGGAAGUGUUUCGGUCCCUGGAGCAGAGAGUCCUCUGGAAAUGGGAUGAGGACACCAUAGAGGACCUGCCCCCUAACGUGCGACUGUCCAAGUGGCUCCCUCAGCAGGAUAUCCUCGGUCAUCCCCAGAUUCGCCUCUUUAUAACUCACGGGGGUCUGUUCAGCAUUCAGGAGGCCACCUACCACAGGGUGCCAAUUCUGGGAAUGCCAGUCUCCAUCGAUCAGCACCACAACAUGCGGAUAGUGCAGCAAGAAGGUUGGGGGCACGUCUUAUACUGGGAGGACCUUGCCUAUGACAACUUGCGCAGCCACAUUCUGCAGCUCUUGAAUGAUGCAAGCGUGAAGGAAAAAGUUGAAUGGCGCGCCAGUAUUAUCCACGACCAGCCAAUGUCACCGGGAGACUGGGCGACCUACUGGAUUGAGUAUGUGUUGCGGCACCAGGGAGCACACCACCUCCGCUCUCCCGCCGUCGACAUUCCCUGGUAUCAGUUGUACAACGUGGACGUGUGGGCGUUACUGGUGGCGAUGACACUCACAAGUUUGAUCCUGGGUUCCUGGCUCUCCUACAGGAUUCUUCUAGUCUUGGCCCGUUGCUGCUGUGGGUCAAGGAAAACGAAGAAAGACUGAGGUUGUAUUUAAAGUUACAGUCACUCAGGAUGUGAUCAUUAUUACUUGAGCGAACAGAAGAAAAGUUCCUUACUUUGGUAAAUUAUUUAAAACUGUAAUUCUUUAAUAAGCAGUUCUCCACAACAAUAAGCUCUGCAUUACCCCCCACGAAGCUAAAGGAGAGUUUUAUACGUUGAAAGAAACAGUACAUUUCUAAGGAAAACACCAUCACCACAGGCAGGUGGUGCAUAUUUUGUAUGUUAUACCGUAAGACAACUUUAAACUAUUCAAAUCUUUGUUGUACAUUUCCAUUAAAACCGCAAAAUCACUCUUGAAAAUCUAGCAACUUCAUUUAGAGUCUAAAGUAUCUCAGAAUACAGGGCAGUGCCUCACAAUCUUCCCCACUGAGAUUUCUUUUAUUGGUUAUGGUGAUUUUCGACUUAUCAGCACGGUCUUGUAUCUUUUCUUGGUGCUGUUUUCAAGUACCAUCUGUGCAAUAUGGACGUGUGGGCAUUGGUGGUGAUGACAGCGGUGGUGAUUGCAGCCUCCGCGUCCCUGCUUUACAGAUCAAGGAAGAUGAAGAAGUCGUUGUCUUAACAAGUAUUAUCUUCACUCACUAAAUGAAUAUUUCUUCCCAAAGUAACGGGACACGAAGAAGAGAAAACAUUGUUAUAUAUAUUUUCUUAUGGUUUCACUGUGCUAAAGAAAUACCGAAAAAAAGUAUGUUCUGUGUACUUAAGUGUCAAUCAGAAUGAAGAAUAACGUUAUUGCAUUCCACUGCAUCUGUUCUUUUGGUAUAUUAAAAUACAAUAGCAGGUAACUAAAUAUGAUACUAUGUAGUCAUAAGCCACUUUAGUGUCAGGUGUUCAUGGGAGUGAAAGAUGAGCUACUGAGACACCAUGGCAACAACCUGUCUCCCUUCUGACAUGCAUCGUCUUCCAUGAUAAAUAAAUAAAUUUAACAAGCCA